UCUCCCUUGAGGCUGGAGCUACAAGCUUUUCAAGAGCGUCUGCUCACCAUGAGCCGACAGCCACAGCCUCAGCUUGCGCGAACUUCGCGCUCCUCUUCCCUCCCGGUGUCACCAGCGACUUCGCCCAUGUCCCAGUAUGUGUCCCGCAUAGAUUCCAAGGGAGCAUUGGACAGCAGCAGCCCCGAAGCCAACACGGAAGAUGACAAGACCGAAGAGGACAUUCCUACACCCAAGAACUAUCUGUGGCUCACCAUUGUCGCGUGUUUUUGCCCAGCGUACCCAGUCAAUAUCGUGGCUUUGGUCUUCGCAAUCAUGUCUCAGAACAGCUACAAUGACGGAGACUACGAAGGAGCCAGGAGGCUGGGGCGGAAUGCCAAAUGGGUGGCCAUCGCCUCCAUCAUCAUCGGCCUGGUCAUCAUCGGUGUUUUCUGUGCGGUGCACUUCUCCAGGAACCCCUGAAGAGCCAGCGGGCAGCGGGCAGCAUGGAGGACAGUCCUCAUCUGACACAUCCCAAGAAGUUUCUGAGGAAUGGAUCCUCGAUUUCAGACUGUGAGAUCCUUCCCUCCAGGACUCUCCAGAGGCAGGUCCCUGGCAAAUGAACACCAAGUCUGGACGCAGGAAAUCAGAGAGGCACAGACAUGCCCACCAAAGUCACUGACUGCUGAAAAACAAGAAAAUGGUGUCUCGCUGUCUCAGUUCAGCGAACUCUGCAUCCAUUCCUCUUCUGUGGGGAUAAACUCCAGAAACCUCACUAUUUUUCAU